ACAGGAGAGGGAGACAGAACAACGCCGCCGCCCCGCGCAACGAGAUAGGCCCCCGCUCCCGUGGCGGAGUCAGAGGCAGAGUCACGCGGGAUCCUGCAGCACUGCAGGGGGUGGACGGGAGGGCUAUUAUUAGAGCUGGACUGUACACAGUGGGCCUCAUGGCAAGAUCGGAGACCCUCACAACAAACGUCGCCGUGUCACUCUUCGUAAGCACACCCCUUUCCUCUCACCUGUAGCACAGUUCGGAGAGGGGGGGAAAAUGCUAAAGUUUUGGCAAAACCUCUCCUGAUUGAAAGCUGUCCAUCUGGCGCCCUUGGAUGCAACGGACUCAGACAAGAAUGGCCAGUGCAUCUGUUGAGGUCUAUCAUUUCAAAGAUGAAGAGCUCUCAUCCCACCUCCUCACACAGCUCAACUUCUUGAGGCAGGACAGAAUCUUCACAGAUGUGCUCCUGUGCUCGGACGACCAGGAGAUCCCCUGCCACAGAAAUGUCCUGGUGUCCAGCAGCCCCUACUUCAGGGCCAUGUUCUGCAGCAGCUUCAAGGAGAGCAGCCAGGCGAGGAUCGACCUGAAGGGCAUCACCUCCAGCAUCCUCAGCGGCAUCGUCAACUACGUGUACACGGGCACCAUCACCAUCACCAUGGAGAUGGUCCUGCCCCUGAUGCAGGCCGCCUCCAUGCUGCAGUACCCCCGGCUCUUCGAGGCCUGCUCCACCUACCUGCAGGAGCAGCUCAACCCGGACAACUGCCUGAGCAUGAUCCGGCUGUCGGAGAUCCUCCACUGCGGGAGCCUCCGGGAGAAGGCCCGGGAGAUGGCCGUGCGCUCCUUCUCGGACGUGGCCGCCUCCGAGGACUUCUGCGAGCUCUCCCUGCCCGAGCUCAUGUGCUACCUGGAGGACGACCGCCUGUGCGCCGAGGAGGAGCAGGUCUUCGAGACGCUCCUGGCCUGGAUCCACCACGACCCCUUCUCCCGCCGCGGCGCCAUCCACGACCUCUUCAAGAAGGUGCGGCUGCGCUACAUCCACCCCACCUACCUUUUCCAGUUCAUCGCCAACGACCCGCUCAUCCAGUCCUCCACCCUCUGCACGGAGAUCAUCGAGUCGGUCCGCCGCCUCAUGUUCUCGGUCAGCGCCAAGUGCACCCAGGAGCUGAAGCCGCUGUGGGUGACGCCGCGCCGCUACACCUGCCACGAGACCCUGGUGGUGGUGGGCGGGCGCAAGAACAACGAGCAGACGUCGCGCGAGGCGCUGCUGUACGACGAGCGGACGCAGCGCUGGCAGUGGCUGGCCAAGCUGCCCCUCCGGCUCUACAAGGCCUCGUACGUCUGCAUCCACAGCAUCCUUUACGUGGUGGGGGGGCUCACCAUGAGCUCGGGGGACAACGUGGUCAGCGCCACCGUCUACACGCUGUCCCUCAAGACCAAUCAGUGGAGGACUGCCGAACCCAUGCAGGAGCCGCGCUACGCGCACCAGUGCGUCUCCUAUUUGCACUUUAUCUUCGCCCUGGGCGGUAUCGGGUCUGACAAACAGAUUUCCAGCUCUGUGGAGAGGUACAACAGCAUGUUUAACAUGUGGGAGCCCAUGGCCCCUAUGCCCACGGCCGUCCUGCACCCAGCCGUGGCCGCAAACGACCAAAGGAUCUAUGUGUUCGGCGGGGAGGACGUUAUGCAGAACCCCGUCAGGAUGAUACAGGUGUACCACAUCUCACGGAAUCUGUGGUCCAGACUGGAGACCAGGACCGUGAAGAAUGUAUGCGCACCUGCUGCCGUCAUCGAAGACAAGAUCUACAUCAUUGGAGGGUAUACACGAAGAAUGAUCGCCUACGACACCAAAGCCAACAAAUUUGUGAAAUGUGAAAACAUGAGGGAGAGGAGAAUGCAUCACUCCGCCACCGUGAUAGACAACAAGCUCUAUGUCACCGGGGGCCGCUACCUAAACGGCCAUGACAUCAUAGAGGACUCGGACUGCUUCGAGUGCUACGACCCGAAGACGGACGUGUGGACCUCCAAGGGGACGCUGCCGUACAAGCUGUUCGACCACGGCUCCCUCCCUCUGAUCUGCGUCUCGAACAAGCCAAACCCUCCCUGAGCCGCCUCCCCGCUCUCAGCACGUCGGCACGUUCGCUCGUGCCUGUGCUACGCAGUUACACCACCGCGAGGUGCACGGCUGACAUCGGAAGCCUCCUUUAGGCGGUGCAUAAAGGAACGUGUUUGGCUGUAUGGUAGCACCAGGAGUCUUAAAUCGAAAGAGAGAUUUCAGCUAGCGAGCUGAGGUAGAGUACCGGCCACAGGAGUGUGCUGAAGACCGACAGUACAGUAAAUACAGACUGGUGUACAGCUGUUCUGCCAUAAGUCUGAUCCAAACACUUUACUGACAGAUCUCUACCCCCUUCCCCAAAAAAAGAGGCACUUAGUCACCCCUGAGGUAUGGAUGAUAUUAUCAUUAGUGACGAUAUACUUUAAACCCACAUACCAUGUCAAAAUGAAUGUAGAAAUAUUAUUUUAUCUUGUCCUUCAGACGUGUGUGCACUGUUAAAUAUGGAACAUUCUGACAGUGUGGUAAGGGCAUUCAUCUAUGAUAUUCUGACAUGGAACGCUCUGCUGAAAUGCAUUCCCCGCAAGCUGACAUUCUUGAAAUGGUACACUUGCUAAGUGUCUUUUAACCAGCGGCCUGAAUUUUUUAGCCUCUGACCUAUCACCUUGCGCAACAAAAUGAUUACAAUUUUUCCACGUUUGUUUAUCUGUUUUUGAAGAUAUAUUCAAUGAGCCAAAUCCUGUCUGGUAGAGGCUGUUUUUAAGAUAUGGAAUAGCCCAAGAGUUUACCUUUUUAGGAUAUUAUUUGUCCAUUUUAUUUCAGCGGAUCUACUCUGUCAUGCAAAUGGUGAAAUAUCAAACAAUGCAUUCAAAUGAAAAUCAACAGGACAGCAUUCAACCUGCCCUGUCAAAAAAACAAGGUCUCUCACAGAUCAUACUGUGCAUUCUGUCUACAGGAAAUGACAUCUUGGUAUCACCUGUACAGAAUGCAUAACUUUAACCUGCCUUGGAAUGUCGUGAGAAAAUUCAGAACCAUUUAGUUCCUCUUGUUCCUUGUGCUUUCAGUGUCAGUGGCCUUUUAAAAAAAAAAAAUUUAUACUAAUGGGAGGUGCAUGGAUUCAUAUCAACUACCUAUGAUUUUCUGUUGUAAAGGAGACCAUCUAAAAUUAUUCUGGUUGUUCUAAGUAAACCAAUAUUGGUUUGUCUCUUAUUAGACCUGUCACCACAUUAGUUCAUCCUGUGGUUUACUGCAUGUUACUACAGUAGCAAACAGCCUAACACAUAAUACAGGCUUACUGGAACAUACUAAAAUAUAUAUAUGCAAAAGUAUGUGGACACCUGACAUCCACCAUCUCGUCCAAAAUUAUGGGCAUUAAUAUGGAGUCGGUCCACCCUUUGCUGCAAUAACAACCUGCACUCUUCUUGGAAGGCUUUAUAAUAGAUGUUGGAGCAUUGCAACAGGGAUUUGCUUCCAUUCAGCCAGAAGAGCAUUAGUGAGGCCAGGC